CGUUCGACAGCACGUGCUCAUCAAAACAAAACAGACAAACGUUUGCGGCGAAAAGUCUUGAGGUUUUUUUUUAAAACCAAAUCCCGUGAAUAACUCGCCCGCCGAAGAAACCAGAGGCAGUUAGAGGAGAGAGGAGAGAUGAUCACCUCCUCGUAAACACAGCGAGAAGAUAAAUUCGUCUUUACUGGAAUACUUACCGAGUUUUCGGCUUCUGAAAACAGCUCAAGAAGAUGAAGGAAGGAAAUGGACACAUCGUCACCCUUCCUGGCCAGAGAAUAUGCGAAGCAACAAGUAGUCAUGUGGCAGGGGAGGGAACUUACAUAUUCAACAAGUACAUCUACGCAUCCCAGGCUGGGAGGGUGAUUGUGGAGCCAAGAGGAGGUCUGCAGGUGGUGAAGGUGUCUUUGGGACUCCAAGGGACAGUAAUGCCAGAGGUUGGAAGUAUCGUCACAUGCCGAGUCCUCACAGUGAAUCCAAACCAGGCCUCCGUAUCAAUUCUCUGCGUGGGAUUCCAUCUGCUGCAUACUCCAGUGUCAGGAACAGUCAGGAAACAGAAUGUUCGUGAUCAUCAAAUAGACUUG